UGGUCCUGGUUUGAACUUGAACGUUGACGCAGACGUCAUUUAAACGGCUGAUACAUUCACUGUCAGUCUGACGUUUCACUUCUCGAGUCAUUUAAAAAUCAACACCGGAAAUGUCCGGUCAAAGAGAAGAGCCCUUUGAUGGUUCCCCAGCUGACCUUCCCAGUCUGGAAAAACUCGACUCUCCUACAGGGAGUCCACCCACUGCCUCAUUAUCCAGUCUGAUGGAGCUGGAAAACUGUGUUUCCAACCUGAGCCUUGCACAUGAGAUAGUGGUGAACGGAGACUUUUGCAUCAAACCAAAAAGCCCUCCCACUGACAGCCUGGAGGGCAGAGUGACAGACAUCAUUCACCGGGCGUUUUGGGACAGUCUGCAGGAACAGCUGAGCAGCGAUCCCCCAAACUACAGCCAAGCAGUUAUCCUGCUGCAGGAGGUCAAAACUAUGCUUGGGUCACUGCUGCUGCCUGGUCACGUCAGGUUGAGGACUCAGCUGGAUGAAGUUCUGGACAUGGAGUUGAUCCAGCAGCAGGUCCUACAUGGAGCGCUGGACCUCCACAGGCUGGCAGGAUUUGUCAUAAACAUGAUGGCAUCUUUAUGCGCUCCUGUGCGUGACCCCGAGGUCAGAGCACUGCGAGACCUCAAAGAGCCCUUGGAGCUCCUUCGGGGUAUCUUCCGCGUCUUGGGACUGAUGAAGAGCGACAUGGUUAACUUCACCAUCCAGAGCCUGAGGCCUCAUCUACUGCAGGAGGCUGUGCAGUAUGAGAGAGCCAAAUUUCAGCAGAUCCUGGACAAACAGCCAGCUUCUCUAGACAACACAGCUGCUUGGCUUGUGGCGGCAGCGUCCGAGGAGGCGGCGGCGCUCCCAGCUCACUGUGACUCUCCCGGUCCUGACAGUCGAGCUCUCCCCAGCGCCACUGCUAUUCUCAACCGCGCCUACAUGCAUCUGCUCCACUGGGACCCGCAUGGCCAGAAAUAUCCCGAGAGCAUGCUGAUGGACCGGUCCCGCCUGGACGCUCUGAGCCAGCAGCUCCAGAUGUUGGUCCUGGAGGCCUCCGUGUUGCUCCUGACCGCCACUCACUGUCGGGGCGUCACUUUCUCCCUGCAAGGGUUUGUAGGUAAACUCAAGCAGACGAUCACUGCCCUGCUGGAGGGCAGUCACACCAGGGAAGCUGACCUGAAGAGGGCCCUGUUGGAGCUCAGGGAGGCGGUGCUGCAGCAGGUGAAAGAAGCUCUGAGCACCCAGGGGGGAGGAGAGUUUCCCAAGGAGAGCCAGGAUCUGCUGAGAGGACAAAUAUCUGACCUGUGGAAGAAUAACAACCCAGUCCGCUCACUUAUAGGAGAAAGAGUUCGGGGCUUCCUCCUGGCCAUGCUGCAAGGCGGCUCGGCUAAAAGGCGUCCAGAGCUGCCGUUUCCCCUCGGGCUGGUGAGUUCCGAGCUCACAGAGUUGGGGACGGCCUUUGGGCGAAUUGUCCACUUCAACCGAACCGUCUUCGGUCCCUUCUACGCACCCAUCCUCAGGAAGCUGCUGCUGCCGUCAGGAGAGAGUGAAACUGGGGAGGACUCGCGCUGAGCCAAAGAACCCCACAGUGACAUGAUCAUAAGCUAACAUUUUGUUACAAUUUUGCUUUUUAAUUAUGAGUGUCGGGUGAGAUGAAAAUCUGUAAAUCUGUGUUGCUGAACUUGUUUAGUUAUAUUUAGAGUGUACAGAAACUGAAUAUUUUCUCAAAUGUCAGGACUAAAGAGUGAGUGAAAGCAUAAGGCAGUUACUGAAUUCUAGCAAAUUUGUGUUCAUAAAACAAGAAUAUAUGUAGCAGAAAUAAAUAGCAAGAGAUAAAAAUGGAAAGACGAAAAUAUAUGCUAAAAUAUUGUAAAUAAUAGUUUAUGUAUGAAUUACCAAAGACAUUGGGCACUUUUCUUUUAUUUCUUUUUAUUCUUCUUUUGCACCUUUGAUUAUAAACCAGAUAUAGAUACUGUUAUAAGGGAAUGGUGUAAAUAAACCGGAUUUUAUUGGGAAACAAAAUGCUUUUUUUUUCCUUUUUCAUAUUUCACAGCCAUUCAAACAUCUCAAAUUACAGAACAAAUAAAUAAAAAUACAUGAAUCUCAAACAAAUACUCUUAGAGAAAAACUAUAUUUAAAAAUAAUGAACUGAGUAAAAUAAAUAUCCUACAGAUGGCCUUCGUAAUAAUGUGUGGUGCUUUAUUUUGGGGUUUCUUUGUAGUAAUAAGUAAUGCAGUUUGUUUAUAUUUUGUUUCUUUUCUUGGCCUGCUGCUUACUUACAACACAACGUUCCAGACUGAGAGCCAUGAUCAACGAUUAAUGUGAAAAUGUGUGAAGUGCUCAUUACGUCUUUUCACUUAAGAAAAUGAACUUACACUUAUAUUCUUUAAUCUUCCACAGUGGAGCAGUUAUAUUUAUACUUUUAAUGAGAUUUUUGAAAUUGAUAAAUAUAUAUCUUUAAGUUUAUUUUAAUAAUAAAGAUGUGGUGUAAAUAACCUUCAGUUUGUAUUAGUUUUAGUCGCAUUUUUGGGUUUCGUUAUGAAAUUGAACCUCGGGGCCUGGUGGUCUGCAGGGAAUCAUUUAGACCAGACAAUCAUCUGAGUUACUUGGUGCACUCAUCUCUGCAGAACUUGAUUACGUACCAAACUGGUACUUUAACCUCUUUGAAGAGCGGUUUUGGAUCUUGGAUCCUUGAAAACAAACAAAAAAUAAAUAAAACAAUGUGAAUAGGACACCAACCUCAGUAAUGAGUUCAUUAUUAAGUCUACAGUGUUAAAUUACUAAGAUUUUUGGAAAUUAAAGAUAUCCACAUCAAAAUGAGGUGUUUUAUAAAAAUAGUGGAAUUCCUUUGUCAUCAGCUAAUAUAAGUUUUCACAGCUUUGCUUCUGAUUGGUUGAUCAGUCCCUCAUGAUGGCUCCUGCCCUGAAACUACAUUCAAUGAGAUGGAUUUGUAAUUUCAGACAGAACUAUCAAGAGGACUAAUCAACCUUUCAAAAUUUUAUUGAAUUAUACUUUUCUUUCCUUACUUUAUAUACUAUUUUAUGUUUGUCUUUUUUGUAUGAAUUUUCUGCAACCUUUUGUUCUUCCUCUGUACACAGAGUGGAGGCUCUGUCAGCUUCAGUAAGUAAAAUUAUUUGGAGAGGUUUUAUGUUUAAUAUUAGUAAAGUGGUUCCACCAUGACCCAAAAGAAACCUCCAGAUGGCAAAACACCUGCAGUAGAAUAGAUGCCCUUCUUGUGGUUAGUAUAAUGUAUUUAUUGUUCUUUGAUGAUACGUACAUUAAAAUCUUGAUGCAGAUUUUUUUUUUUACCAUAAUCAUUUGUACUUAGGAACAGUACAUAGGAAGUGAGUGUUGUGCAGUUGGCUUCCUCUAUAACAAAGAUGAAUCAAUAUGAACUUUAAAAAAUCUAAAAUUAACAAAGCUAACUGUGAUAGAGUAUGCAACCUUGUGACUCAAGGUAAAGGUGUUUAAGCAAGUUUCAAAAAUCUGAGUAUAAUUAUUUAGGCUAUAUCUUUAAUUUACUCUUUUGUGAAAUCUUCAUCCUGUUGAACAAUUCUUCACAGUCUUAAUAAAAUUAAUUUUUUUGUUUGCUUUUUUAAAUCAGUUUACAUCAACGAAGCACAAUAUGAGAAAACAGUGGGGAUGCUCCUUUAACUUUGAGUGAAUUUUCUGCUGUCUCAGUGAGGUGGAUGGGAAGUUACAGAGCUGUGCAUCAGCUGCAAGCUAAAUGUUCAGAAAGCCUCAAACAUGUCAGGUCGGCUAACAAUUCAUCUUCUUGUUUUAGGGGAUUUCCAGGGUCCUGUGCCACAAAGAUUUUUGACUUGUUUCUUUUGCUAAAACUUUACUGACAUUGUUACAGAGAUUAUAUAUUUGUUUUUACAUGUUUAGUACAGCACGUAAAAAAUACAAGGUAAAUCUGUGUUUAAAAAUAUGU